GCGCGGCCCGUUUCUCCUCGGCUCCUUUGGGCUGACGUGUCUGCCGUUCGCGGCGCCUAAACCAGUAGGGCCGUGAUGGCGGAUGCCUGGGAAGAGAUCAGGCGGUUGGCGGCUGACUUCCAGCGGGCGCAGUUCACCGAGGCCGCUCAGAGGUUGUCAGAGAGAAACUGCAUUGAGAUUGUGAAUAAAUUGAUCGCUCAAAAACAGCUAGAAGUAGUUCACACACUUGAUGGGAAGGAAUAUGUUACUCCAGCCCAAAUUAGUAAAGAAAUGAGAGAUGAGCUACAUAUCCGCGGUGGUCGAGUAAACAUUGUUGAUCUGCAACAGGUAAUUAAUGUGGAUCUGACUCAUAUUGAAAAUAGAAUUGGUGACAUUGUUAAAUCAGAAAAACAUGUUCAGCUAGUGUUGGGACAACUGAUAGAUGAAAACUAUUUGGAUCGGUUAGCAGAAGAGAUAAAUGAUAAAUUGCAAGAAAGUGGUCAAGUAACUAUAUCAGAACUGUGUAAAACCUAUGAUCUUCCUGGAAACUUUCUGACACAGGCACUCACUCAGCGACUAGGUAGAAUUAUUAAUGGACACAUUGAUCUUGAUAACAGAGGAGUAAUAUUCACUGAAGCUUUUGUAGCUCGACAUAAAGCACGCAUCCGUGGACUGUUCAGUGCUAUUACCCGGCCUACAGCAUUGAAUUCUUUGAUAUCAAAAUAUGGAUUUCAAGAGCAGCUUCUUUACUCUGUCCUUGAGGAACUUGUUAAUAGUGGACGCCUACGAGGCACUGUGGUUGGUGGAAGACAAGAUAAGGCGGUGUUUGUGCCUGACAUCUAUUCUAAAACACAAAGCACUUGGGUGGAUUCCUUCUUCAGGCAGAAUGGCUAUCUAGAAUUUGAUGCUUUGUCCAGACUUGGAAUCCCAGAUGCUGUGAGCUACGUAAAGAAAAGAUACAAGAAUGCACAACUCUUGUUUUUGAAAGCAGCUUGUGUUGGUCAAGGACUUGUGGAUCAGGUGGAAGCAUCAGUAGAGGAAGCCAUCAGCUCUGGAACAUGGGUUGAUAUUGCACCUUUGCUACCCAGUUCUUUAUCAGUUGAAGAUGCUGCAAUGUUGCUUCAACAAGUGAUGAGAGCAUUUAGCAAACAGCCUUCAGCUGUAGUCUUCAGUGACACAGUUGUAGUCAGUGAAAAAUUUAUAAAUGACUGUACAGAACUCUUCAGUGAACUGAUGCAUCAAAAAGCUGAAAAGGAACUGAAAAGUAAUCCUGUUCAUUUAGUAACUGAAGAAGAUCUGAAACAAGUCUCCAUUUUAGAAAACAUUAAUACAGGUAAAAAGGAUAAAAAAGAUGAACGAAGAAGAAAAGCAACAGAGGGCAGCGGAAGUGUAAGAGGAGGAGGUGGUGGCAAUGCCAGAGAGUACAAAAUUAAAAAAAUCAAGAAGAAAGGAAGAAAAGAUGAGGAUAGUGAUGAUGAGUCAUCUCACACUGGAAAGAAGAAGCCAGAGAUUACUUUUAUGUUCCAGGAUGAGAUUGAAGACUUUUUAAGAAAACGUGUACAAGAUGCCCCAGAGGAGUUUAUUUCUGAACUAGCUGAAUACUUAAUAAAACCUCUUAAUAAAAUUUACCUCGAGGUGGUACGUUCAGUAUUCAUGUCUUCAACAACUUCUGCCUCUGGAACUGGCAGAAAGCGCACAAUCAAGGACUUGCAAGAAGAGGUUUCAAAUCUAUACAAUAAUAUUCGAUUAUUUGAAAAAGGGAUCAAGUUCUUUACAGAUGAUACACAGACUGCUCUUACCAAACACUUGCUAAAGACAGUUUGUACUGAUGUCACUAAUCUCAUUUUCAACUUCUUAGCUUCGGAUUUAAUGAUGGCAGUCGAUGAUCCUGCAGCCAUUACAAGUGAAGUAAGAAAAAAAAUUUUAAGUAAAUUAUCAGAAGAAACUAAAGUAGCUCUCACAAAACUCCAUAGCUCCUUGAAUGAAAAGAGCAUAGAAGACUUUCUUUCUUGUCUGGAUUCUGCAGCAGAAACAUGUGAUAUUAUGGUGAAAAAGGGAGACAAAAAAAGGGAAAGGCAGAUCCUGUUCCAGCAUCGACAAGCACUGGCUGAGCAGCUGAAAGUCACAGAAGACCCUGCUCUUAUUCUGCACCUCACCUCAGUCCUGUUGUUCCAGUUCUCUACCCACAGCAUGCUCCACGCCCCUGGAAGAUGCGUCCCACAGAUCAUUGCUUUUCUUAAUAGUAAAAUUCCAGAGGAUCAGCACACUCUUUUGGUAAAGUAUCAAGGACUGGUUGUAAAGCAUUUGGUUAACCAAAAUAAGAAGACUGGGCAGGGAGGUGAUCCCCUGAGUGAUGAAUUAGACAAAGAACAAGAAGAUACCACCACUACUACUCGUAAAGAGCUUCAGGAACUUUCUUUAUCCAUUAAAGACCUUGUUCUCAAGUCCAGAAAAUCAUCUGUGACAGAAGAGUAAUGAUCUUAAUUUCCUUUUGCCGUAUACUAAGCAUCUUUCCUCAAAAUUAAUGAGUAGUUAUAAAAAAAUAAUUACUUCAAAAUCCCCAGUCCCCCAAUAGGCCCCUGCCACAUAUACAAUUUAGUUAAAACACUAUUGUUAUCUUUAAUGUAAAUCUUAUAAAAAUGUGAAUUUUUGUAAAUUGAGUUCUCCAUGGAAGAUUUAUUUUUUUCCCCCAUGGAAGAUUUCUUCUAGACAGUCUAAAUACUAUACAUUUCAGGUUUAUUUUCUUUCCAUGUACUAACUGAUGAAUAAAUUUUCUGCUAUCUCUCAUUUCUAGGAAAGGGCUCAUUUAUUGUGUUACUAUAUUUCAACUUAAAUAAUAGUCAGAAACUUAAAAUGUAGUCAUGUUUUUUAAAAAAGAAAAAUAUCCCUUUGGUAUCAGAAUGAAAUUGUGUAUUUUAAAAUUAAUAGAGAAUGCUUCAAACCUAACAUAAAGAAAUUUGCAAAAUAUUUUUUUAUUGCUAAGCCCUUGCUCUUGUUUCUGGCAGAGAGAGGGCCUCGCAUCUUCCCCUAAGGAGUGCACUUAGGCUGCUGGAGUCCGUAGGGGGCGCUUUUACAGGUGAGACGAAUACCUGAGGGGCCCGUGCAUUGCUGCGCUCUAUUCUAACACAAGAUGCUGACAUGAGUAAGAGAAAAAAUAAAAUUUACUGUUUAUCAGUGUGUCACAUUUUACCAGUGUAAUAACUAAAAAUUUUAGGCAAAUAUUUUUCUUUAACCCAGUUGGCAUUUCUUAAAUGUCAUUUAUUUAACCAGUCACUCUAGCACCUAAUAUUGUACUUUGUCGUGAGGGGGUUUGUAAGUGCUUUUAAAUCACUGCAACCUUUCUUUUUCCCCAAAAUUCAAAACCCUUAAUUAAAAAAAUAGGUAUUCUUUUUUCCUAAAAAUUAGUAGUUAAAACUAAUUAAAUUAAUUAAACUAAUUAAAACUUAAAUAGUUCCUUUAAGUAAUUGUUUCAACCCAUUGAGUUUUAAACAACAAUUUAUUAUAUAUCAAAAGGAAUUUAUUUUGAAUAUAAUAGUAAAUUAAAUCUCAAGUAUUAAAAAAUACUAUUUUAUAUAAUUCCUUCUGUGGUAUUUAAAACUCUUUGUUUUAAAAUGUUUGAAUAUAAAAAUCAAUCUGCCUACCUCUAAUUCUAGACAGAGUAUUAAUACUGAAUAAAGGGAAUUAUAUAAUUGCAGACUAAUUAUUAUUAAAGUUGAUAGGAAUAUAACAUAAUUUCAAAAUGUUUUUUCAUUGGCAAUUUUUUAUUAAUGUAUUUUCAUAUGCACAAAGGAAGAAAAAUGACAUCAAUUCAAACUCCAGUUAGUUUUAUGUGCUCAUUCAGCUCUCUUGGAAUGUUACCUCAUAACUGAACAGUCAUGGGUUUGAUUCCCAGUCAGGGCACAUACCUAGGAUAUGGAUUUGACCCCUGUCCAGGGGCGUACACGAGGCAACCAAUUGAUGUUUCCAUCUCUCUUCCUCUCUCCCUUCCUCUCUCUAUUAAAAAAAUGGAAAAGUGUCCUCAUAAGGAUUAAAGAAAAAAAGAAUUUUAUUGUUAAUUUGGAAGAUACCAAAGUAAUCUUCGUUCUUGUCAAAGUAGAUGGUAGUUUGUGAAAAUAAAAAUAAAAGAUAAGCAAAUAAAAACAAAAUCAUUCUUAUGCAUUAAAUAUUUUUUAUUUAUCAAAAUAGUUCUUAUUUUCCAUAGUAAAUAACAAUUUUUAUUGUUU